GUAACUAGUGAACUGGAGUGCAGUGUAGGCACUAGGCAAGUUGCCACCUUCACGAAAUUCGGGAUUGAAUUCAAGAACAAAUCAAAAGUAUUAUUUGUGUGUGUUUAUCUGAGUCCAAGCUUUGUUUUCGACAACGCGUACAUACCUGAAAAUGUUUUGGACAGUCAUUCUCUAAAUAUAAAUAGCACAAACAUCUCUCACGUAAACAGUUCACUUAGUCUUCGCGCAUCAUCAAUAACUCACGAUGAAAGUAACCGUAACUACCCUCAACGACGAGCUGUUCGUCUUAGAUGUUUCCGAAGAUUUGGAAUUAGAAAACUUCAAGGCGUUUUGUGAAAUCGAGUCAGGGUUUCCCGCCUCGGACAUAACUUUGACUUUCAAUGGGAAGCCUAUGAUGCACGAUAAGAAGUCGCUGAAGGAGCUGGGCGUCCACGACGGAGAUGUCAUUGUGCUGCUUCAUAUGGUGCAGUCUUCAUCCAAUUUAAACAUGAACGACGCCAGUCAAGCUCUACCAAGCGGUUUGGCCAAUCUCGAUUUUAGCAGCAUACAAGUUCCUAGGGGGGCUGCAACUGCAGCAAGCACUUCAAUGGCCGCCAGAAAUGCUCCUGUAGAGGAGGACCCUCGUAUCAUCAGAGAGAUGUUUCUAGCCAAUCCCGACCAACUCGCUCUGCUCAAACAGAACAAUCCAAGACUUGCAGAUGCCUUGCUGAGUGGCAACCUCGAUACAUUUGCUUCAGUGCUUCGAGAACAAAUUUCAGCUAGAACUGAGCGCCAACAACAAAGAAUAAGGAUGAUGAAUUCAGAUCCGUUUGACACAGAGGCCCAGCGUAUGAUAGCGGAGGAGAUCAGACAGAAGAACAUCGAAGCCAACAUGGAGGCGGCCAUGGAGUACAACCCCGAGACAUUUGGCACAGUAGUCAUGUUGUACAUCAACUGUCACGUCAACGGCUUCCCAGUGAAGGCGUUUAUAGAUUCUGGAGCUCAAACCACAAUAAUGUCAGCAGCUUGUGCAGAGAGGUGUAACAUCAUGCGACUAGUUGACACAAGGUGGGCGGGUAUAGCCAAGGGUGUCGGAGUUCAGAGGAUCAUCGGCCGCAUCCAUAUGGUGCAGAUGCGCAUAGAGAAAGAUUUCCUCACCACCUCCUUCUCCGUCCUCGAGGAACAGCCCAUGGACAUGCUGCUGGGACUGGACAUGCUCAAACGACAUCAGUGCAACAUCGACCUGAAGCGGAACGUUCUUCACAUCGGCACGACGGGCACCGAGACGCCGUUCCUGCCGGAGGCCGAGCUGCCGGAGUGCGCCAGACUGUCGGGCUUCUCAGAGGACGAGCUGGUGGCCAGGGACGACCGCCUCGUGAGGGACAAGCGAGAAUCUAAGGAGCAGUCACCGUCGUCACCGCCGGCCACCACCAGCGGACAGAGCGCUCCAAGAAUGAACCCGGGUGUGAACACGCCGAGCCUCAUCCGGCCAGAGAUCCUCGCCACGGAUACGUUCAGUGAAACAGAUGUGGAGGAGAUAGUAGCGCUGGGCUUCACCAGGGAACAGGCGAUUGUAGAGCUGAGGCGUUUCAACGGCGACAAGACUCAGGCUACGGUGGCUUUGUUCGCCAAGUCGCUCAAGUUCUAGACCACCACCACCUCCACCACCACCACCACCACCACCAGCACCUCUGAUACCAUCCAACCGACGGAUGCACCUCCCUGAAUCUGCUUCGAACAUUUGAAGUCGAGUAAUUAGUUCUAACUAGACUAAGUAUGUUUAAUUGUAAUUUAACAUAUGGAAAAGCAAUAGUUUAGCAAUAACGGGUGACCCGAGGGAGCUCUAGUUUUAAUGGUUUGUGUGUGAGCUGUGUGAUGAAACAGGCGCUUGAUACAUGACCAGAGCUGUGUACAGCCACUGAGUCCUGACACACUCAACACCCACACCGGUUGCCUUAUGCUUCAGUUAGUGGCUUAUUAAUUUAUAAGACUACAGUACAUGUAUUUAUAUUUUGAAUAGCAUAUUAAGAAAUAAGUACCUCUACUACUACUACUACUAACAAGUGCAUUAUCUACAACUAGAGUAAACUUUACCCUGACAUACGCUUUAUAUAAGAAACGCAAUACAUCUGUAGUGUAAGGAUUUGAUGCAGGCGAUAGGCUCUAAGUAUUCUGUGAAGUGUUGUUACUAUUGGCUGUUUGAUGCGCACUGAACAUUGAUAUCAUUAUUUUUGUACGAGCUUACAAUAACAGAGGUGCGUUGCUUGAUCCUAUAUACUUAUGAAGAUACCUCCUCAACUAUACAAGUGUGUGUUGCAUGUGAGUCGAGUCUCGCUGACCACAUAUCCAUGUGUUGUGUAAGUGUAUGCUAAAGGUUAUUCCUCCUGAAUAUACGAGCAAUAUUUUAGGCGAGGUUCCACUGUUACAGGUAGCUAGUAGCCAGUAGCUAGUUCUGUUAUAACAUGGAAAGUUGAUAGCUAUCUAUUUGUAAGGGAGUGUAGAGCAGGGCAGUGUGGCUAGUCUUGAUGUAUGUUGCGAGUGAGUGUCACAUAUGAUCUUGUUUACAAACGCACACCGUAACCUUAGUGAGCUGUUGUAAUACAUUGUAUUGACUAGUGUGCAGGGUUUGUCCACUGCGCUUUAUUAAUGUGUACUGGUAUAAUGUAUACAUUUGAACAAACUAGCUAUUUAAGUUACUUCAUUCACUGUUCAGUGGCGAAUUCUUUUCAUUUUUUAAACUGAUUUUUAUUAUAUGCUUGUUUUAUUUGAGUCGGGUUUCUUGUACAUUGUUUAGUUUUAUUUGAUGGAUCAUGACUUGUUUAUGGAGACGGCAGUCGACCCCUCGUCCGCCACUUGCCGGCUGUUGCUGACAUCCGAACAUUAAGGAAACUACUUUGACUCGUCUGUGUUCUAAUAAUUCAUAAAUAAAUAAAAAAAUUGAACGAAGAAUAUUUAUAUAUUUUAUAAGACUUCAAUAUAAAAUUGUAUUUUUAUAUUCGUAUAAUGUAAUGUAAUGCGUUCGUGUAAUGUAUUUUAGUUGUGAGUGAUAGUUGGUUAGUCGGUAACGGUACUAGCAUAUACUUGGGUCUCGAGCGACACCGACGCGAUUAUAAUAAACUCAAUAUCGGAAA